AUGAUUCUGCCUGUACCAGCCACUGACCCACCUAAGGCGGCUCCUACCAUCUCACAAACACAUCCAUGCGCGAAACUCUCGUCAGAAGAUCAUAUCUGGGAAGAGAAAGCAUGUAAAGGCAUCGCUCACAAGGGGCUGAGCUUGGACAAAGUCUGGGAUAAAAAGACGUGGAAGCAGAAAGCCAACAACAUCGAACGAUUGAAGUUGCUAAAGGACGAUGGGUACGACAUCAAAUCUCUACAGGCCCCGAAGACAUCCGCAGAUGCAAUAAUCGAGGCUCUACUGGCUCACGUCAAAGUACGGAAGGAGAAGAAUCUGGAUCUUGCAGCUUCUACAGCACUACAUUCAUUUCCCAGUGAGGAAGUACCAGAAGUAAGGAAAGAAGAUAGCUAUGACCCCAUUCUAGCGAACGAUGACGACACAGCGGAUGCGGACCCCAAGGAAACUGAAGACUUUGUUCCAUCGGAUGCGACACCACAUGGUGUUCCAGAGUUUGCGCACGAUGAACCAGAAUCGCAUGAUGAACCCGAAUCCCACGACGAACCAAAAUCGCACUCAUAUAUCCCGCCCCCCGUCGCAGGUCUGAAACGCAAGCAUACCCAUGAGGAUGAAAACCAGCCUGAUUGGCACCAAGACAACCCACAAAAGGAACUUCACGAAGUCUACAACACAGCAAACUCCAACACUCUCGUCGAUUCGCCGUGCACAUGCAGGAACGCUAAAAUGGCGCGAAUGAUGACAAGGGAAGAUUUUGCCAACGCCUUCGCACAGCAAGCUGCGUUCAUAUACAGUCGACAGAUUGGUCGUGAAAUCUUCCGCUACGCUAGAGAGAAGAGAAGGAUAUUCCAAGACCCAAAGUCGAAAGAAUCCUUCAACAUUUGUAUGGCGUCGUGGAGACCCUCACGGAUCAUCUUUCAGUCGCCGCCAUCGGUCGCUCGACAGUCCUGUGAGCCGCAUGUGUAUAUCAGCGCGCAAGCUAUCAAGCUGAUGAUGUGGGAGCUUUCGCACAUCGCUUACGAUCCUUAUGAAGAUGGUAGCUGGUGCAUCACGGAUCCCGACGAAAUUGAAGAUCGAAAGGGCGAUGGAUUGAUGGAAGCAUGCAACCCAGUAAAGGACGAAUUUCGAUACAAGAUCCGCAUUUUCGAAACUCCAACUUUCCCUAUGAUCAUCGAAGGAGAGACCAUGGCACUAGUUGGUCUACUAAGACGUCUUCGUAAGAGUGGUAUCAGCUACUACCACAAAGGACAUUAUGAUCCGCAACGGAUGGAGGUGGUCGCGUAUGACAAUGAAACCAGGCAAUUAAGUGAUGCCACCGAGUCUGCUUUGGAGGAAGCGGAAAAGAUAUUAGAGGCAGGACAUACCCAUGGUGGCAUAGAUGUCCAUAUUGGGUGCUUGGAAAGCUCAGACUACCUAGAUGAUUUGUUCUAG